AUUUACACUACCUAACCCAAAAAAACCUCGAUUAAGGCCUCUAUAGCUUUGCUGAUAUUGGGAGCCGAGUGAUCGAGGGGUACAUAUUGAACCACACUACUUGCAUAAGUAUUAAGGCCUUUUCAUCAUCAUCCUGAUAAUUUUGCCAGCUCCCGAAGGGACGAUGGGCUGAGUCGAAUCCCAACUGGCCUUUGCGCUUGCAGCCGUCUUCAUUGCGACUGGGCACUCCGGCCACGUGGCAAACUCGCUGCAUAUCUACGAAUGAGUCGGCAGAACAAAAAUAAACUUGCUUCCAGUCACUGAAGGGUCCCUUGUUCAGGGCAGGUUAAUGAUGUCUAUUGACUGAUUAAACAAUGGAUAGAGUUUAUUCUAGACCCAUUCCAGUGUUUUCCAUCUGGCAAGCAAAGAGAAAAUGCUGUACCUACACCUAGUUGCAAUGACAUCAUUAAAAACGAGUGACAUUAGGUCACAGGAACCAAAAAUCCCGUUUAAAGGAGGAUAAGCAAAUAAAUAAAAAGUUGAAGGUCGAAAGCAAAAAUACAUCACCAGUUAAGGAUAUUUAUUGAAACUUAAACAGCCACACAUGAAAAAUCUACUGUAUAAGAAUGUUGUAGAAUGUAUUGAUUGGUUCGCUAGGUUUUGUUUACCAUGCUACGAUACGAGCGCUCUUCUGAAAGAGCAUGUGAGGAGAGAGUCCCACUGCUAAAACAAGAUAAGAGGAGAUCCCUGUGGAUUGCACAACAAAUUAUUCGCUGUGCUUACCUUGAGGGGGUGUGCUCUCUGUGUUAUCUUGAGGUGAAGUCCGUGCCUUGGUACAAACUGAUAAGUAGUUAAACACGUAAGUAUAAAACGCGGACAUUGCGCUAUACAGCUCUCCAAGGGGUCGUCGCACUAUUGCCGCAUGCUGUUCGGCACGAUGGCCAACGGUUUUGCUGCACGUGCCGGGAGCUUCUUCAGGGACUGAAUUUGCGUUCAUAACGCCGGGAAUCGCGCCCAACAGCACGCGGUGCAACCUGGACACCCGUCGGAGAGAGAAACGGACAUUCUCGAUUGGGGCUUGUGUUUAUUGGGCCUUCAUUGUGGAAGUCUGCAGGAUCAACAUCCCUUCUGCAGCUCUCAUCACACAAUCAUUUGUAGAGGCUACGUAGUUAGCGUUGCAUCAGCCCAUAGCCGUUACAAUAGAUGACAUUUUAAUUCCUAUAGUAAUUAGAUGUGUAAAAAAUAACCUCGCUAAAAUUGUGAUCAGAAUGGGAGACAAAUGUGGAGUAGAUAAGUGUAAUACAGUACGCAGCCAUUAUUCAGUCCACUGCUGGAUGAAGACCUCUCCACACCAUGCCGGCCAGUGGGGUUUUGUGACCAUACUUCACCAUAUUGGCUGUGCAGUUUUGGGAAGAGGGCCUUCCAUGACCCUGGCACCCAUAUCAGUCGUGGCACCACUGUUCCCCCGAAAAGAGUGUAUGAAAGAAAAAUGAACCUCUUGUUUAAAACAAACUUAAAGAACAGCAUAGACAAUCGCAGGCAGAGAACAAAAUGAGGGCCGUUUUGAGGGCGAAUAUUUUGGACCUCAAGAAAUGACCGCGAGAGUAGCUAUUUAGAAUUCCCUCGAGUGAAGGUCUUUUUCUCAGCAGUGGCUACAAGUUUUACAUGCAACCCCCAACACCUGUUAACCCGCUGCUGGCGGUGAUACCCAAAGUACAGCAGCAUCGCCAAAACAGUGGUUCACAGUGUGAUGUGUCGAUGAAACAAUAGAACUUCCUCUCGUGUGCAACAUUGUGGGUGUGCCACAUCGUACUUGGCCAAUAGGGCCUCGUAUCUGACUUCCUGAAAUGGUGACUGGAAAUUUGUUGGUGGGAAGUUGCUGACCGAAAGUGUCACUGGAGCAUUACCAGAAGAGCCUUGCCCUGGGGUUCUUCCAGUCAAUACAGAGAUGGCUGGGUGGCUCCGAGAUCAGAGGUAGUACGAAGCUGGCAGUGCAGAAAUCAUGGGUUUGAAUCCAGGUGGCCACCCUUCAUUAAUCUUCCGCGAAGGAAUGGAAAGUUAAGGCAAACGAUCGAGAGUUCAACGGCCAAUUCACGGUCCCAAAAUAUCACUGUAUGAAGCAAAAACGGUACAAGGGGAAUUACAUCAAAACUGCCAAGUACAACAUUGUGACUUUUCUGCCCAUGAAUCUGCUUGAGCAAUUCCAGCGGGUGGCCAAUGUGUACUUUUUGUUCCUGCUGAUCCUGCAGGCCAUCCCAAUCAUCUCGUCCCUGGCGUGGUACACCACCUUUGUACCGCUGGUUAUUGUGCUCUCAAUCACGGCCAUCAAGGAUGCUGUGGAUGAUAUUUCAAGGCACAGAAGUGACAAGCAGAUCAAUAACAGGAAAUGUGAAAUAAUGCAAAAUGGAAGCUUCAAAGAAGAUAAGUGGAUGAAUAUACAAGUGGGAGACCUCUUAAGGCUAAAGAAAAAUGAUUUUGUGCCAGCUGAUAUGCUGCUGCUAUCUACAACAGAACCCAACAGCCUGUGUUAUCUGGAGACAGCUGAGCUGGACGGAGAGUCCAACCUCAAGUUCAAGCAGGCCUUGACGGUGACGCACAACAAUCUGACAGAUGAAAAACAACUCGCUGAAUUUGAUGCCAUAAUUAUGAGCGAGGCUCCCAACAACCGCUUGGACAAGUACCUGGGCACCAUGCAGUGGAAGGACAAGAUGUACUCGCUGGACAAUGACAAGCUGCUUCUUCGCGGCUGUCGCAUCCGGAACACGGAAACUUGCCACGGACUCGUGAUCUUUGCAGGUUUUGACACCAAAAUAAUGAAAAACAGUGGGGAGACCAAGUUCAAGAGGACACAAAUUGAUAAGCAAAUGAACAAAAUCGUUUUUAUGAUUUUCGGCAUGCUGCUUGUGAUGGCCACUGGUCUUGCUAUUGGCAAUACCAUAUGGGAGGUCGUCCAUGGGCAGGGCUUUGGGAAAUAUUGCAGUGGCAUCACCGGAGACCCUGCCGUUCCCUCCCCCGACACAGUGAGUGAAUGGGCGGUUUGGACCGGCUUCCUCAAUUUCUGGGGCUACAUCAUCCUUCUCAACACCGUGGUGCCGAUCUCGCUUUACGUCAGCGUGGAAGUCAUCCGCUUGGGCCAGAGCUUCUUCAUAAACUGGGACUUGCGGAUGUACUUCAAGGUGAACGAUACUCCGUCUAACGCGCGCACCACCACGCUCAACGAGGAGCUGGGCCAGAUCGAGUACAUCUUCACCGACAAGACGGGCACGCUCACGCAGAACAUCAUGACCUUCAAGAAGUGCUCCAUCUCAGGAAUGGCCUUUGGCAACACUGCAAAGGAAGCAAAAACGCGUUCAGUUAGAAAGAACCCCGUGGAUUGGAGCUGGAACGAGCGGGCUGACAAGAAUUUCGAGUUUCACGAUCACAGUCUGGUUAACCUGGUGCGCCUAAAGAAGGACCCCACCGCUUGCGAAUUCUUCAAGCUGCUCGCGCUCUGCCACACUGUCAUGGCGGAAGAAAAAGAGGGUGACCUAAUUUACCAGGCUCAGUCGCCAGACGAGGGGGCGUUGGUGACGGCCGCCCGCAACUUUGGCUACGUGUUCUUGGACCGCACGCUGGAGAGCGUGACCAUCGUCGAGCUGGGCACCGAGCGCGUCUAUGAGCUGCUCAACAUCCUGGACUUCAACAGCGACCGCAAGCGCAUGUCCGUCAUCGUCCGGAGCCCAGAAGGAAAGUUGCGAUUAUACUGCAAAGGAGCCGACACGGUGAUCCUGGAAAGGCUUCAGAAGGAUGACCCAAAUCGUGAAAGUACAGAGAAGGACCUCAAUACAUUUGCUGCCGAGAGCCUACGCACGCUGUGCCUGUCGUACAAGGACCUGAGCGAGGAGGAGUACCUGGAUUGGAGCAAGAAGUACGAACAGGCCAGCAUGUCCCUCACCGACCGUGAGAAGAAGCAGGGCCUUGUGUACGAGAAGAUUGAAACAAACUUGAAGCUCUUAGGAGCGACGGCCAUCGAGGACAAGCUUCAAGAUGGUGUCCCGGAGGCAAUCGCCAAACUGGCAGCAGCAAAGAUAAAGAUUUGGGUCUUAACAGGAGACAAACAAGAAACCGCAGAAAAUAUUGGCUACGCCUGUCAUCUUCUUACUGAAGACAUGCAAAUAUGCUAUGGAGACGAAGUUAGUACAAUGCUGAGUGAUGUACAAGAGUGCCAGACGAUCAAGAGAGAUGCGAAGGGAAAUGAAGAGGAAGUUGACUUCGCAAAGCAGUUUCUCAAGGGGAAAAAAAAUGCGAUCAUUAUAACUGGUGGCUGUCUGAACGGCAUCCUGACCGACAACAAACAGAAACGUCUGGACAGACUCAAACUGCCCAGGCGGCGCAAGCCCAGGGGCGGUGGAGCAACGGGAGCAGCAGCAGCAGCAGCAGGCCACGAUGUCUCCAUGGAGCAGCUCGGCGACGCGAGGCAGCAGGCGGAGCAGCGGGAGGAGGAGAAGCAAAGGGAGAUCCUGAAGAGGGAGAGGAUCGAGAAGCGCUUCGUGAGCCUGGCCUGUGCCUGCGAGGCGGUGAUCUGCUGCCGCGUGUCGCCCCGUCAGAAGGCGCGCGUCGUGCGCAUGGUGAUGAAACACAAGCAGGCCGUCACCCUGGCCAUCGGCGAUGGCGCCAACGACGUCAACAUGAUCAAGACGGCUCACAUCGGCGUGGGCAUCAGCGGGCAGGAGGGCAUGCAGGCCGUCCUGUCCAGCGACUACUCCUUCGCUCAGUUCCGUUUCCUGGAGCGCCUGCUACUCGUGCACGGCCGCUGGUCCUACCUGCGCAUGUGCAAGUUCCUGCAGUACUUCUUCUACAAGAACUUCGCCUUCACGCUCGUUCACUUCUGGUUCAGCUUCUUCAAUGGCUUCUCCGCCCAGGCUGUGUACGACGAUUGGUACAUCACCCUCUACAACAUGUUGUACUCGGCUCUGCCCGUGCUGGUGAUGGGACUUUUUGAUCAGGACGUGAGCGACUCCAAGAGUUUCAAGUUCCCGGAGCUGUACGAAACUGGACAAAAAAACCUCAACUUCAACUACAAGAUCUUUGGGAGAUGCCUGAUACAAGGCAUCAUCACCUCGCUCAUUAUCUUCUUCAUCCCGUACGGUGCCUUCCUGGAGACGAUGCGAAGCGAUGGCCUGGCACCCGACGACUACCAGUCCUUUGCCGUCGUCACAGCCACUUCCCUCACCUUGAUCGUCAACUUACAGAUUGGCCUGGACACAGCAUUCUGGACAUACUUAAACACUUUCUCAAUUUUUGGAAGCAUCGCUCUCUACUUUGCCAUCAUGUUUGACUUGCACAGCGACGGCCUGCACUACAUCUUCCCAAGCAAUUUCAAGUUCACAGGAACGGCCAGCAACUCCCUGAAGCAGCCGUACCUGUGGCUGAUCAUCAUCUUGACAGUGGCCAUUGCUCUCCUACCUGUCAUUGCCAUCAGGUUCUUCGUUCGUUGUACCAAGCCUACACUUCUCGAUAAGAUCCAAGAUGGCAUCCACAAAGCGAUGCCACCCGCACGGGAGCCCUUCAAGCGGCUGGGCACCAUGCGGCGUUCCACCUACGCGUACUCGCACACGAAGGGCUUCGGCGACCUCAUCACGUCCGGCCGUAGCAUACGCAGGAAGAACCCGACGGCGAAGCCCAGGGCCGAAGAGGUGGUGCACCAACAUGGCCGAUACACGAAGAGCGAUCCGGAGGUGCAGAGCAUCGCCGACUCGACGGUCAAGGUGCCCAUCGACACAGGCAACGUGGCCGAUAGCUCCAUCUUGAUAUAACACGAAGUCAAACGAACUCGAACCAACACGUCAACUUGGGCCUUGACUUCAUUGUGUGGUAAAUUGCACGGGAUCACCUUUGUGUGGGAAGGGUUCAUUCUGCCGCAGUUAACAUGGAAAUAUGUCUGUUCCAGAUAAGUGCCUUACAGCUGUGGCUUUAGGGGCCCAGUGUCUUUAUUUUAUGUGUGUUUUAUUGUACGAGGUUGGAGUCCUUGUCGAUGUGAUAAUGUUGCACAAUUUGUGGGGCUUUCAUACGUGAAUGCCUGGGCAUAUUCUUGUUUAACAGUAUAACUUCUCAAAAGUACUGUAUUUUCUACAACUUGCUUUUUUUGUCAUGCAAGAGUAGGGACAUCUCUUUCAUCUGGGUGGUGUAGACCUUUUAUACUACAGCACCGAGAUUCUAUUCAUUUUAAUACCAAUAGUUUUUACAUCAGGAGCCACUAAUACAUCGAAAAAGGUUAUGUAAUUUAUAUUCUUUAGUUUUGCAAAUUAAAUAGAAAUGUGAAAAGUGUUUUUUGAUAUUGGUUGUCAUUUUACAUCUUAACAGGGAGAAAAUGCUGUAAAUGAAGUGGGGGGAAACCCGAUGGUAUUGCCAUGAGCUGAAAAUCGCUAAGCUUAUUUGCAAAAUUAUUAUAUGUUUGCAAAAAAAAAGAAUAAUUUAAAACUGUUCGUCAUAAUAAAAAAAUGUUUUCCAUGUAUCGAAUGUUCAAUAGAAAUGAAAAUAUUUUAUCCAUGUGUAUUUUUUUUUACUUAUUCACAUUCUUUGAAACCGUGCCAGCAUACCUGUGAGAAAAAUAAUGUCCAGCAGUUGUCCUGUAGAGGUGUCGAAGCUAUUUGGUUAACAAUGUGGUGUGUAGAGUUUGGUGUCUGCAUUGGAUGAGAAACAAUUACAUAACCUUUCAUUUCUGAACCUCCAACCCAGCUCUAGAUAUCAUAACGACAUGCUUUGCAUUUUCUUCCUGCAUCUCCUACACUUAAAACAGUGGGUAUAUAGGACACAUUGGGAUCCUGGCCAUAAGUGUUCCAUUUUGGAAUUGCUCGUUUAUUUGUAGGUUAAGACAUGGCAAACAAAUGAAUUUAGGCUAUGGUGUAAAUUAUCUCUGCCAGGGCAUUGAUUUGCCCACAAUUCAUAAAGUGUUGGUGUUUACCAAAAAUUGCAAUGGAUCGUCACGAGAAAGAACAUUUCUCAAGUUCAGGGAUGUUAUUGCGUACUCCCAUUGAAGUGCUUAUGUGCCAUUGUAGUUAAUUUCUGUUCUGUAAAAUAGUUAAUAUUUUGAGCAUUAUUUAAAUCCAUUUGUGUAAAUCUAGAUCUACUGUUAUGCAACUUAGUUAAAUGCAUUAUUCUUCUUUGAAAAUAUCAGGUACAACGUUUUUAUUUCCUGGGAGUGGGACAUGUUACUCGAUAGGAGUGCAGAUUUCCUUGUGCAGUUGGCGAUUUUUUUUCUGAAGCACAGUUUUUUACAUUGCAUCUGUGCAUUUGGGGCUAACUUACACAUGCAGCCCUGGUAAGUACCUUGGGUAACAUUUCCGUUUAACUUCAGGAUUUGUUUUAACAUGUAAAUAAAUGUUUAAAAUGUG